GACAACAGUAUAUUAACAUCACAUUUACAAUUACUCCGUUUCAUAGCAACAAGUCCUUCUUUGCCACACACACACACACACACGCAAAACAUCUUCGUUUGUUUCAUCACUGUCAUGGCGAGCAUGCGAGUAGAUCUGGAUGGGAACCCCAUUAAGGCAAUGACGAUUUGCAUGAUAGGUGCCGGAGGGUUCAUUGGGUCCCACCUAUGCGAGAAGCUAAUGGCGGAGACGCCGCACAAGGUGCUUGCAUUGGAUGUUUACAAUGACAAGAUCAAACAUCUCUUGGAACCCGACACGCUCCCUUGGUCUGGUCGCAUCCACUUUCACCGUCUCAACAUCAAGCACGAUUCCAGGCUCGAGGGUCUUAUCAAGAUGGCAGAUCUGACCAUUAAUCUCGCUGCGAUAUGUACUCCUGCGGACUACAACACGCGCCCUUUGGACACCAUUUACAGCAAUUUCAUUGAUGCGCUUCCCGUGGUGAAGUACUGUUCGGAAAACAACAAGCGUUUGAUUCAUUUUUCUACGUGUGAAGUGUAUGGGAAAACGAUUGGAAGCUUUCUCCCAAAAGAUAGCCCUCUUCGGCAGGAUCCUGCGUACUAUGUUCUUAAAGAAGAUGAGUCUCCAUGCAUUUUUGGUUCAAUUGAAAAGCAGAGAUGGUCCUAUGCCUGUGCAAAGCAGUUGAUUGAAAGGCUGGUUUAUGCCGAGGGUGCUGAAAAUGGCUUGGAGUUCACAAUUGUGAGACCUUUUAAUUGGAUUGGACCACGAAUGGAUUUCAUUCCUGGCGUUGAUGGUCCAAGUGAGGGUGUUCCUCGGGUUCUGGCAUGCUUUAGCAAUAAUCUCCUCCGAGGAGAGCCCCUCAAGCUUGUGGAUGGGGGUCAAUCCCAGAGGACUUUUGUUUAUAUUAAGGAUGCUAUUGAAGCUGUCUUAUUAAUGAUUGAAAAUCCUGCCAGGGCCAAUGGACAUAUUUUUAAUGUCGGUAACCCAAACAAUGAGGUUACAGUUAGGCAGCUUGCUGAAAUGAUGACUCAGGUUUAUUCAAAGGUAAGUGGAGAACCAACUUUGGAAAAACCUACAAUUGAUGUGAGCUCCAAAGAAUUUUAUGGUGAGGGAUACGAUGAUAGUGACAAGAGAAUUCCUGACAUGACCAUAAUUAAUAAGCAGCUUGGCUGGAAUCCUAAGACCUCACUUUGGGACCUGCUUGAGUCCACUCUCACCUAUCAGCACAGGACUUAUGCUGAAGCUAUCAAGAAAGUCAUUGCAAAGCCUGUGGCAAGUUAAUCACACAUGGUGAUGGUGAUGAAAUGUAUUGAGAUGAGUGCUAGGCCUAUAGGGGCACUUACAUAUAGUUUACUGGUUGGUUUUACUUACAUGAUAAUUUUUUCCCCCUUUGGUUUUGGUAGCCUAUGCCUUCCUUCUUUAUUGCUUGGUUAUGGAGAAGUAAGAAUUUACCAAGGGCAAUCUGUGCUACUGCUAUGUAAUUUUCAUGCAGAGCUACGGGCUACUUGGCAUAUUUGGAUACCUUUACUAUGAGGAAAGAUGCUUUUUUGUGUUGUAGGGAUGGUGUUAUUCAUUCCUCUUUGUUGUCUUUCCACAUUCAGUUGUAUCAUUUACCAUAUGUUUUCUUAAUUAAUUGUCAUUAAUUUAAUUUAUGU